AUGGAGCUUGUAGACUGGAUCAUCAGCCAAGGAGGCUCCCUCAACGACUGUGUCCGCGUCGCGCAAGAUGCCUCGCGCGGGGUCCACAUCCAGGUCAAGGGCGAUUGGCCCCAACCCAUCAGCAAAGAAACCAAAGUUCUCAGCACGCCCAUAGGCGCAACAAUGUCCUAUUUCAACGCCGUUGGGUUUCAAACACCCGAUGCAACCUUCUCCAAGCAUGGUGUCGAGCUGCCUCAGGCGUUUAUCGAUGCUGUGGCCGUUGAGGAAACGAGCACUUUCUUCCUGAUGGGCCAAUUCCUGCGUGGUUCGCAGGGCUUCUGGUAUACGUAUCUGCGGACUUUACCGCAGCCGGGAGAGUUGAAUACGCCGCUUUUCUUUGGGGAGGAGGAUGUUGAUUGGAUUCAGGGGACUGGAAUUCCUGAGGCGGCGGUGCAGAGGUAUCAGGUUUGGGAUGAGAGGUAUGAGCAGUGUAUGGCUAAAUUGGAGGAGGUUGGGUUUGAAGGGAUUGAGGAGUAUACUUGUGUAGUCGAGGCCUCUAGGCUUGCAGAGGAUAGUGGCGUGUCUGUGCUUCUGCCGCUUAUUGAUCUUCCCAAUCACCGUCCCCUGGCUAAAGUAGAGUGGCGGGCUGGAUCUUCCGAUAUUGGGAUGGUCGUUUUGGAGGACGUUGGCCCAGGCCAUGAGAUCUCAAACAACUAUGGACCUCGAAACAACGAGCAACUACUGAUGAACUAUGGCUUCUGUCUCCCGAAUAACCCAACAGACUACCGCAUCAUCAAGCUGGGCGUGAAGCCAGACAGCCAUCUCAGCAAAGCCAAGACCCGUCAAAUUGAGAUGUUCCCCGAGGUAGCCAACGACAAAGAGGAUCAUUACUAUAUCUUCAAUGUUUUCUACCCACUUCUCGGGCCUGAUACUGCCAUGGAGCACUCUAUCUUCUCACCAGCCCUUUUCAACUCCCUGACCAUCAUGCACGCCAACGAGCGCGAGCGCAAGCAAAUCGAAAUCACGGAAUCAGCCAUAUCAAUUCCAGCAGCCUAUGGAAACGGCCACAGCAAGCUGGCAGCACUAUCGCAAAUUAGCUUCGAGCUGAUCUCACACAUCAUGAUGCUGGAAGCUACCGGCCAGGACCGUCAACUGCAGCCUACGAAUUUGAAACAGACCUUUGCCCAAAUCUACCGCAACGGACUGCUUACACUCGACAAGGCCGCACUAGUCAUUGCGACAUGGACUCUUGCUCGGGCACGGGAGCAUACUCGUGGUGAAAGCUGGGAGGAUAUCAAGACGCUACUGAACGAGCAUAUGUCACAGAUCCCGGAAGGCCACUUCCCAGCAGAGACAUUGUCGAGGAUCCGUGUGCGGAUUCUGGAGCGAGAGUCACUACUCAAGAAGAAUGGAGAGCUGUUCCGACUGGGAGAGCUAUUCGGUCUAUUACCUGCUGAAAUGCAGGCGGCGAGUCGGGAGUGCUUUAAUCAUGUACUUGCACAAGCUGGCCAGCAGGUGCCUUCGUUGCAGACGGACCCGCAGGCCCUAUUUUCCCUGGUACUUUGCUUGCUGGUCGCUACUGGGCGAUCGUCUCAUGCACGACCGCAAUUGUCCUCGCGUUUGACUCGAUGGGUGGAUUUCCUGGUUGAGCAGUAUCCAUUGUCUGCUGUCCCAUCUGGCACUAGCGAGACCAUGGGUCAAUUGAUCCAAUUUGUCCAGAGCGAGCAAGCCCAGGCAUGGGCAGUUCAAGAUGGAGUUCACUGGCUGUCUGAUGACUGUGGAUGGCUGGAUUCCAACUGGCUAGCGUGGGCGUUUACUGUGGCAGAGGCGGAGAUGGUGUUGAUUCCUCAUGAGCCACUGCAGGUGUUGGCGACGGAGAACCCAGGCUUGCCGAAGCUGGGAUGCUUGUAUGUGCCACAAGAGUAG